AUGAGCAGCAGCUACUAUAAGAGCAGCAAAGUCAGAGAUGCUGCCGUGCGCUACCUCAUAGGAGCUGGUAACGAGGAGGGCACCUUCUCAAUAGACGGCGACACAGGGGACGUGAUAGUGGCUGCCGAGCUCGACUACGAGAGGAGAACACUGUAUGAGCUGCAGCUGGUGGCGGUGUCUGGGAAGGAGAGCUCGAGGGCAGAGCUUCUGGUGACGGUGCUGGACGCCAACGACGAGCCGCCAGUGUUCCAGCAGGCCGUGUACCGCGCAGAGCUGCAGGAGGAGGAGGACCCAGCUCACCUGCCCAGGACUAUCCUUACGGUGAGAGCUGUGGACGGCGACGUGGGCCGGCCUCAGGACAUUGUGUACUCCAUCUCAGGCCCAGGCGUCGCUCCAGAAGGCUCUGGGGACGACGACUUCUUCCGUGUUGACCCCAACACUGGAGAAAUUUUCGUGCUAAAGCCUCUGGACCGCGAUCCCCCGGCAGGCCGCCCGCUGUGGCGGUUUACGGCUUUCGCGCAGGACGAGGGCGGUGCCGGGCUCGUGGGCUUCGCCGACGUGCAGGUCACUCUCAGUGACGUCAACGACAACUCACCCUUCUUCCCACAGCCGCUGUACCACGGCUACGUCGUCGAAAACGCUCCUGCAGGUACGUUUAUUCUGAACGUCACAGCAGUGGACAAUGAUGACCCAUAUGAAGGAAGCAACGCCAAACUGAGAUACUCAAUUGAAAAAAAUGCCGUGGAUGAACGAACAGGCUCGCCCAUGUUUGAAAUCGACCCUGACACUGGCGAAAUAAUGACGGUGGUUUGCUGUCUGGACCGAGAGCGUACGCCCAGAUUUACCAUUCAGGUUGUCGCUAUAGACGGAGGAGGCCAGGAAGGAACAACAACUGUAUCAAUCACAGUGAAAGAUGUGAAUGACACACCACCAGAAUUUUCUAAACUGGAAUGGUUUGUGGAAGUGGAUGAGACGGAUGGAGAUAAUAUCCCAAGAAAGCCUAUUCUUACUGUAACUGUUCGUGAUCAGGAUGAAUCCAACACGUUUCAGUUUAAGCAUUACCAGAAUGAAGAAUCUGGCCCAAAUCAUGUCUAUAGGCUAAAAGUCGAUCAAGAUAUAGUGCACAUGGCUCAAAAACCCCAAGCUUGGCAGUGGCAGCAGUCUGCACCACUCACCUUGGCAGUUGCAGCAAUCUGCACCAUCUCAAGCUUGCCAGCCAUGGCCUACGUCUACACAGCUGUGAAACUGAGGCAGAAACUGAAGCUGGAACACCGGCAGAUUGAUGGCAUCCAGCAACUGGAGGACCAGCAAGGCAUGUCUUGUGCCCAGGAUAGUUGGGUUGUCGAAAAUAGUGGCUACGGUUCAAAUAAAUUUUCACUUGUGAGAAAUAAUGAUGGAACUGCUUCACUCAAAGUAAUUCGACCCUUGGAUUAUGAGGAUACCCAUGGCAACAUCAUGAGGUUCCAAAUACAGGUUACUGAUAAGGGUGAUAAUGAUACAUCACAACAAUAUUACACAAGAUAUGCUUGGGUAACUGUUAAGCUCAGAGAUAUCAAUGACAAUAUGCCUGUGUUUGAGAAACUUCAUGCUGAGGUUACAUUACCAGAAGACGUUGCAGCGGGAAAAAUAGUUGAAAUAUUUAAUGCAAAGGAUCCUGAUGGUGAUGGCAAGAGCAAAGUGUCUUACAGUAUCUCAUAUGAUCUAGAUGCUUUGCAGCACUUUUACAUCAAUCAGGAUGGCAAAAUACUGAUUAAGAAAGAACUUGAUAGAGAAGUCACUCCUUGGCAUAAGGUUAACAUCUUAGCAGUUGAUGAUGGAAUUCCAGCAAAGACAUCCACAGCAACUUUGUUAGUCAUUGUUGAAGAUGUUAAUGAUAAUCCACCACAUCUCCUGGAGAAUUAUAACCCUGUUUUAUAUGAGCAUACACCACCUACAGAAAUUAUAGAAAUACUUGGAGCAGAUGCUGAUGAUUAUUCAAGAAAUAAUGGGCCACCAUUCACAUUUAGAAUGGCUCCCAAUGCAGAUGAUAAGAUCAGGCAAUCAUUCAGUGUAACUUUUGAUCAAAAAGGUCCGAAUGGCCAUGGCUCAGCUGUUAUAUCAUCAUUGAGGUCUUUUGACCGAGAAGAACAAAAAGAGUACUUUGUACCUAUACUAGUGACAGAUGCUGGCCACCCUCAGCUCUCUGGAACAGCAACUGUGAGAAUUGUUAUUGGUGAUAUCAAUGACAACAAAAUGGGACCUGGAAAUAAAAAUGUGUUGGUUUAUAAAUAUCAGGAUCAAACUCCAGAAACAGAUAUUGGGAGAAUAUAUGUUGAAGAUCCAGAUGACUGGGAUUUAAGAGAUAAAACAUUUUAUUGGAGGACAUACGAACAUCAUAGAUUCAAAAUUGAUGAAGACACUGGGAUGAUUACAAUGAAGCAUAAUACACCUGAUGGAAUCUAUAAGCUGGAUUUCAGAGUAUGUGAUCACAUACACUUGCAGAACAAUGUGACAGCAAGUGUGACUGUCACAAUUAAAACUAUUCCAUAUGACAGAGUAAUUAAUUCAGCAUCAGUACGAUUUCAUGGAAUAUCAGAUGAAGAUUUUGUAAGAGAAUUGAAUGAAACAGAUAACAGAGUGGAACGUUUUAGAAGCUACGUUGCAGAAAUACUCAACACUGGAAAGAAAAAUGUGGACAUUUUCAGUGUAAAGCAGCACAGCUGGCAGCCUCCUGUACUUGACAUUUUCUUUUCUGUUGCUGCUUCAAGACAUCAAAGACAUGAAACAGUAAAUGGCCUUUUGCAGAUACAUAAAGAAGAGCUUUCUUAG